AUGGAUUCUCGAUAUGAUCAUAUGAUGAUGAUUCUCGAUAUGAUCAUAUCAGAUGAUGAGAUUCUCGAUAUGAUGAUAUCAGAUGAUGAGAUUCUCGAUAUGAUGAUAUCAGAUGAAUGGAUUCUCGAUAUGAUGAUAUCAGAUGAAUGGAUUCUCGAUAUGAUCAUAUCAGAUGAUGAGAUUCUCGAUAUGAUCAUAUUAGUUGAAUGGAUUCUCGAUAUGAUCAUAUCAGAUGAUGAGAUUCUCGAUAUGAUCAUAUCAGAUGAACGGAUUCUCGAUAUGAUGAUAUCAGAUGAAUGGAUUCUCGAUGUGAUCAUAUUUGAUGAUGAGAUUCUCGAUAUGAUGAUAUCAGAUGAUGAGAUUCUCGAUAUGAUGAUAUUAGUUGGAUGGAUUCUUGGUAUGAUCAUAUGA